AUGAGAGAAGUGAUUAGUAUUAAUGUUGGGCAAGCCGGUUGUCAAAUCGGUAACGCGUGCUGGGAGUUGUAUUCUCAAGAACACGGUAUUAGACCUGAUGGAUAUUUACAAGAUGGGUUGGAUAGACCCAAGGGAGGUGAAGAAGGAUUUCUGACUUUCUUUAGUGAAACUGGAUCUGGUAAAUAUGUUCCUAGAGCCCUUUAUGUAGAUUUGGAACCCAAUGUGAUUGAUGAAGUUCGUACUGGAGUUUAUAAGGAUUUAUUCCAUCCUGAACAAUUGAUUGCUGGUAAAGAAGAUGCUGCUAAUAAUUAUGCUAGAGGUCAUUAUACUGUUGGUAGAGAAAUUUUAGAUGAUGUUUUGGAUAGAGUCAGAAGAAUGUCUGAUCAAUGUGAUGGGUUACAAGGGUUCCUUUUCACUCAUUCACUUGGUGGUGGUACUGGUUCUGGGUUGGGGUCCCUUUUAUUGGAACAAUUAUCUGUUGAUUAUGGUAAAAAAUCCAAAUUAGAAUUUGCAGUUUAUCCUGCUCCUCAAGUCAGUACUUCUGUUGUUGAACCUUAUAACACUGUGUUGACAACUCAUACCACUUUGGAACAUGCCGACUGUACUUUCAUGGUUGAUAAUGAAGCCAUUUAUGAUAUGUGUCGCAAGAAUUUGGAUAUUCCAAGACCUCAUUUCAAAUCUUUGAAUAAUUUGAUUGCUCAAGUUGUAUCUUCAGUUACUGCUAGUUUAAGAUUUGAUGGUUCAUUGAAUGUUGAUUUGAAUGAAUUCCAAACUAAUUUGGUUCCUUACCCAAGAAUCCAUUUCCCCUUGGUUUCUUAUGCUCCUGUGUUUUCUAAUAACAGAGCUAACCAUGAAUCAAACAGUGUUAGUGAAAUCACUGCCUCUUGUUUUGAGGCAGGUAACCAAAUGGUUAAAUGUGACCCAAGACAAGGCAAAUAUAUGGCCACCUGUUUGUUAUACCGUGGUGAUGUUGUUACUCGUGAUGUUCAAAAUGCCGUUGCUCAAAUUAAGGCCAAAAAGACCGUUCAAUUGGUUGAUUGGUGUCCAACUGGGUUCAAGAUUGGUAUUUGUUAUCAACCACCAACUGCCAUUGCCGGAUCAGAUUUAGCUGCUGCAAAGAGAGCCGUUUGUAUGUUAUCCAACACUACUGCAAUUGCUGAAGCUUGGAGAAGAAUUGAUAAAAAGUUUGAUUUGAUGUACUCCAAGAGAGCAUUUGUUCAUUGGUAUGUUGGUGAAGGUAUGGAAGAAGGUGAAUUUACAGAAGCUAGAGAAGAUUUAGCUGCAUUGGAGAGAGAUUAUAUUGAAGUUGGUACUGACAGCUAUGCUGAUGAAGAAGAAGAGUACUGA